UUUUGUGUUAUUGCUUGAUUUGAAAACAGUUCAGUUCAGAAUCGGGUCUCGCGCCGGUAUCCGCAGAGGGGUUAGUGUAUGUCGUGUUGGCGCGCGUGAACUCCUGACCGCGCGGACACUGAAGGGUUAUGAGAAGCUUUUCCUUAUGCACACUGUUCGGGCAUCAUGUCUCUGUCUGCCGCGUGCACGGCACACGCGCGUUCGCCGUCUGAAGUCGAGCUGUCUCCAGCCGGACUCUGCGCACGCGCCAGCACAGGACAAACCAAUACUGGCUGCUCCAAUGUUCGUCUUUCCAAGGAUGACAGCUGCAGUGAAGAGGGCUGCAGAAGAAGAUGGGCCUGGAGCAUGUGUGAACAAACGCAUGAGAACGCUCACCUAUCCAUCUUUGAACAGUCGGAACAAAAACGGAUCCAAUGGUGUAAACAAACGAGUUCGGUCAAGUUCUCUGUCAUUCCCACCGACUUUACAAGUCCCGAGAUCAAAUAUGUUCAUGCCGUCAACCUUGCAGAACAUGAACCAAAACUCUUCAUCCGCAGCAUUUUCAAGAGGCAAGGUGAAGAAUAUGCCAUUAAGGCCGGCUUCAAUGAUAGCACCUGAGCCCUUUAGCAGCUGUGAUAAAGCAGGUAUUAGACAGGGUGGCCUUAAUGCAGACAGAAACCUCUCCAGGGUUACAACUGAUCACCCCUCAUCUAACAGUGCCUUAGAACAGCGGACAUUACCCCAAAUGAGCAGAAAUAUCUCACAGUCCAAUACUGAUAUCACUGGAAAUGGCCAGUUUGUGUUUGGGGAGAACAUGAGUGAGAGGGUGCUGAGUCCUCCCUGUAGUGAGGACAAGUCUGACACGGACUGCAGCUUAAGUGACUCCGAUUCCUCCUGCUCAGAAGUCACUAGCACAACAACUGCACAAAACACACUAUGGGAAUCUGCUGCAGCCCACACGGCGGCUUGCAGGAGACACUGUCUGCUCAAACAAGUGCAGAUCUUCACUGGAGAGGAGAAUGAGAGCAAUGUCGUCCAGCUGACGUGCAAGCUGUUCGUUUUGGAGAGGGGAACCCAGUCGUGGCGUGAGAGAGGGAGAGGAGUCUUGCGGCUGAAUGACUUGCAAACUAAAUAUAAAGGAAGUUUGCAGUCAAGAAUGGUAAUGAGGCACCAGGGCAGCCUGAAAUUGAUCCUGAACACUAAGUUGUACCCACACACACACCUGCGGCGCCCAGCACGGAGGAACCUACAGGUGACGGCCACUGACUUGGAAACGCACAGCGUACGUGUUUUCCUUGUCCAGGCCAGUGCCCGAGACAUUGCCCGCCUUUAUGUGGCAAUUCAUCACAGACUGGUGGCCUUGCGCUGCAGUACUGCCAUGUACAGGGACCGAGAGGGACACUGCAGCAGUGAGGACAACGACAGCGAGGACGAGAAGGCAAAUGAGGAGGCGUUCUUAAUCACACACCCUAGACCUGAGGAUUGUCAUUGGAAGAACAGUCAUUCCAGACUCCAUUCAUGAACAUCCCGCUCAUCUUUGUGCCUAACAAAGGUUCCCACCUUUCUGGUCUCAGCCAUUUUUGGACUAUUAAGAUCUUCUGAAUUUAAACGGUGUGGAGGCUUUAUUGUGGAGUGACCUGGGAAAUUACUUCAUUGUAUUUAACAUGGCCUCUUCCCAAGAACAGUUUUUUUUCUCAGGUUGAACAGUGAAAACACAUCAUAUAAUUAUUUUUUUAUGAUUUUUUUUUUUUUUCAAACAAGAAGAAAAUGGAGCCAGGCACAAGAUGUAUGUAUAGGGUUUUGUUGUUCCACUUUUAGAACCUGAAUUAUUUAGAACUGAACAGAACAUUUUGGAGGAAAUUUGUUUUUUUUUUUUGUAUAUUUGUUUAUAUAAUGUUAAAUUAUGUUGUAAUAUGAAUUUAUUUUUCUGUCAUUUUUAAUACCAGAGCUGUACAGAUCAAACUGUGAUCUUUUUUGCCCGGAUCUGACUAUAUGCUGCAACAAUGCAUGUCAAUCAACUCAUGAUGAACUUUUAAUAAUUUUUUAAUAACUUUAAAUAAGUUAAUAAUGUGGUUUUAAACAUAGGAUCACAUCUGAGCCCUUCUGUGAUAAAUGGAAAGUAACUAAGAGUUUUAAUGCACAAAUGUUCUUUUUUGUUUAUUCACAAGAUCAGAGACUCUUACACAUAACUGUGAAACUGUGACGUCUGCCAAAACUGGGUCAUGAUAGAUCUAUGCAAACUUCAAAAUGGGCCAAUUCUGGGAUGACUAUCUUUAUUUACAUUCUGAUUUCUUCAAUAGCACUUUGUAGGAAAAACGAUUAAAUUAUCUGCGCUUUCUGUUGCUGAACACAAACCUACUACAGGUCAAUUCAGUCUGUCUGUGACAAUUAUUUAUGUAACUGGUAGAUAACUCUGUUCUAUUAACAAGGGAUUUCUGUUUUCCAGUCUACCUCAUGAACAGUAUUUUAGUCACACCAUCUAAUCUUCUGCACUGACAUUUUGGUCCUAAGGGGAAUUUGUCAUGUUAAUGAAAGAUUAUUACCUGAAAGCAACUGUAAUGUUUUAUUCUGUACUUUAACCUAAAAGGUUUCAAAGGCAAAUUUAUGUAGCGUCUACCACCACAAUUUUGUAUUAUAUUUUUUAUUUUGCUAUCCAUUAACUUUAAAAGGGUAAAAUAUUUGGAGGAGGAUUUCAAUUGUGUAUAUUUUUCUAUAUGUAUUUAAUCUUUUAAAUUACUUUAGUGAAAGAAAGGCUCUGUCUGUUUUUUAUGAAAAUCACAAUUCUUUUUAAGGUUUGUUACUGACUGGUCACAAGGAUGUUGAUCCGUUUUCUAUGAAAAUCAUAAGUGAUAACAGGAAUCAACUUCUCUUGUGGACAAGCCACAGGAUUAAACAAAGCAGCAAAUAAAUAAAAAGGAAUGGCAUGAUCAUUUUUACAUACCA